CAUAUGAUCGUAUCGCAUCGCAUUUCAGCAUCUCUUUGGUCUGCCUUAGCACGUUUCGCCCCAAGAAGAGUCUAAAGUGGAUCUGUUUCACAAACGGCAUAAUCAUACCACCCGAUGAUCUGUUUCACAAACGGCAUAAUCAUACCACUCAAUGAUGAAUACUAAGAUCGAGGUCGGGCAGGAGAACAUUUAUUUCGAAAUGGAAUCUAAACAAGAAGAUAACGCCGAAACCUAAGACAGUGUAGUUUUCAGAAAGGACACUCCACAGGCAAAACCAAACGUGGAAACACAGCCGUAUAAAGAUUCUGAUACAGUGAAUCAUAACCCAUUAUUCUUUAUCGCAUCUGCCAUCGCUGUUGCUUCGCUCUUAACAGCCCUUGCCACUUUGAUUUUAGCUGUGGCAAUCAUGACGACACGGAGCGAGGUUUCAACAGGUAUAUGGCUACCAUUGCUCCUUCCUGUUGUAAGUAAACAUUCGUGGGUCUUGAUUCGUUGAAAUUUUAAAAGUGGCAUUAGUCAAACGCGUACGACACGAUAAAGCAAACAAUAAUUUACUUCGGUCUCGACCAUUUAAUUUCCUGUCCGAAGAGGAAAUUAGAGAAACUUUUUCGAUAUGAUUUGAGUAUUGUUAUUAUUAAGAUUCCACGAAAUUGGGUCAAUAAAAGCCACGUUAUUUUUUUAGUAAAAAGCCCAAUUUAUCAACCAACUACCAUCGCAUCUCCAAAUUAAAAAAUAACUUCUUGAAGAAUUUCGUACAGAGUUUGAAAUAUUUGACCUUUAUUUACUAGAGCUUUCUCCGCACUGGUGAUUAGUAUAGGAUUUCAAGUCUAAGAAAAUGACAUUGCUUACAAGGGGUAAUCCGUCUAUCAUGGUACUUAGUCGUAAUCUAAUAAUGUCUGCAUGAUUUGAUAUUUAGAUGAGGCUUAGUUGUGACAACUGAGCGUUGAAAAACAUAUCUCUUUAACAGUAAAUUCGUUUGCUCACAUACAACUAGGAUCCGCGAGUGUGGCACAUCAAGCUUAUUGCUUUAAAAACACAUUUAAUUAUUCUUGAUGGAAACGCCAAUUUAAAAAGAGAAAAAUAGAUAACUGAAAAACCCAUCACUCUUGGAUUGAUAAAUCACAUAUAUGGGAUUGUGUGCAAUGGCCUUAUUUGUUGCUAUCUCAAACACGCGAGGGAUGAAAGCGAAACAAAGAAAAUGUUCGACAAAUAUUCAUGAGAUUUAGUUGUUUUGAAAUAUCACACAAGUAAAACAAAGGGUUAUGACUUAAGGUUUGCGCAUGUUAAAUCUAUUGUAGCUUAAUCUCUCACGGCCCGUCUUUACUUUAUUACGCUGAGAAAUUUAAUCUUAACAGAAAAUGUGUAGUGUGAAAAAAAAAAAUGAAAGAAAGAAAAAAGAAGGCGUGGAGGGGGAUAAGAAGAAACGCCAGCAACGGCAAGCAGAGAGGGUGCCAGGUCUUAGCCUGGCUCACAUCCGGCAAUACCGUGUCCGCAUGUAGACAUACUGUUUCGAACGAGAUCAACCAUCUUCGCAUUCACAUCACCCCAGUGAUCAAAAUCAUCGCCAUCUCCGCCUGCGUAGGGAGAACUUCACCAUCAUCGUUUCGGGGCCUAUCUGAACAAAAUAUAUAAUUAGUGCUAACAGGAAGUAUAAUUUGGACGUUGCCGCUUUGGAUUAGUGAGAUGGAUUAGUCUACGCGGGAUGAUUUACUCGCUUUGAGUUGUCGAUAUCCUUUACAGUAUCCAUUUACAAACAGGCCUGGAUCAUAAAAAGGACCAACACGAGGGUUAGAUCAGUCAAAAUAUUUCCGAAUGUGUUCUUACUUUAAAACCCAGCUCAGCUUAUUAUAUAUUGUCGCCAAUUAUCACUUUGACUGAAAUAGCAACAUACUUCGAAAGUGAAAGAAAAUGUGGUGAUUAACCGGCCAAAACGUUUCCGCACACAUUUCGAAAUCGAUCAGCCUCAAUUACUCUAGUUUCUUUAAUUGUAUGCCUCAGAAAUUUGCUGAAUGCAGCAUUUAAUUAAUGGUCCAAGAUAUUUUUUCCAUGAGAUUUUUCGAAGGCUUAUGAUGCUUUUUUUAAUUUCAAAAUUGUUACACUAUUUUAAUUCAAUUCAUUUUGUUUACAUUUUCUAUGUUUUUCUUAUUGUUUCCCCCUUUCUAGAAACGUCAGAACUUCAAAAGAAUAUGCAAGAGUUGGUUUGGAACCUCUCUGCAUUAAGAGAUUACUCGGUAGGAGUAAUUCUAAAUCAUUAGCAGUGGUCAGUUAAAAGCAAAAGGGCACUGAUGUGAAAUACAUGGAUACAUAUAUGUACAUAAGACUAAAGGCCCCAAAAGGACUUUCAACUCCCUGAUUGUUGUUGAUUGUAAUGGAACAGAAAUAUACAUAUUUUAAACAGAGCUUUAAUAAUUCCCUGGAGCGCAGGCUGAAGGCAUUGUUUUUGUGUUAACAACACUGCAUGUCUUCUGUUUUAACUUCUGCAGUGUGAUGAUCUAAAUUUUAUUUCUAAUCCGAGACUGUUGUGUGCCUGGGGGAGACUGAUAAACAUUGCUAUAGAUCAUCUUAAGUGUCAUUAUCACAGACAUUAUCAGCGUUCUCCUGAUUUUUUUAACCAAUUUUGGAAGAAGAGCACCUAUAUAGCCAUCAUCGUCAUUAAAUCAUUAUGACCAAUAAAUGAGAAGAGAGUAUUAUUCUACAGAGAAACUUGAUCACGAAUAUUAAUUUGCAUUUUUUUUUAUUGUUAUAGGUUUCAGGGGAUGUAAAAGAACUGAAGAAAAACGUAAGUUUGUCAUUCAUUCGCCUUCUUUAAUAAUCGUAAUGAUCAUCUUGAUCAUAAUAAUAAUGAUAAUGAUUGUAAAUCAUCAAUAACAAUAAAACAUUUAUUUAAAAAAUGAUAUAAUGUUAAAUGGUUUCUUUUCUUUUCUUUUCUUCCUUGUGUUAGGUCUCAGCAGAGUUGAAGGAGCUAGCGAUAAAGGCAAGUUUAAAUUCAACCAUUUCCAGUUCCAUCUAUAUUAAAAAAUCACUAUCGGUGCGCUUAGUUUAACACGAGUUUCUUACUUUAUGGUAGAUGGAAGAAAAAAUGAAAAACAUGAAAAACGAGGUAAGUUUCGUUAUCUGAAUCUCUCACUGUUACACUCCCCGUCAUCAUGAUGUUCAAAAGCAAAACGCGGACUGCUCUACUAAUUUCACCAACUUGUAGGCCCACUAAUUCUCUAACACAAUAAUUUAGCCCGUUUUAUUUUUUAGGGCAAAAAUACAGAACUAGAGGAUAUCCGUCUCGUAGUACAGGAUGCUGCCCAAACUUUGACUGGUCUGAAUACAAGCGUAAAUGAGAGGUUUCUGCAUUUUCAAAAAAGAAUCAUGCAACUGGAUCAAAAGGUACAUAUACUUAAAUGUAUUAUUGGGUGCCAUUCGUACCGAAUUUCGAAUCAACCUCUGACUAACCUUUCACUUUCACUUCUAUUUUCACUGUCACUGUCACUGUCACUGUCACUGUCACUGUCACUGUCACUGUCACUGUCACCGUCACUGUCACUGUCACUGUCACUGUCACUAGUACUGUUACUUUCACUGUCACUGUAAAUAACAAUUUCAUUUCCAUUGUCAUUGACACCGUCGCUUUCAUUGUCAUUGACGCUGUCACUUUCUCUGUCACUGUCACUGUCACUUUCACUUUCACUGUCACUGUCAUUGUCACUGUCACUGUCAUUCUUAUUGUAAUUGCGGCAAUUGGCAUUGUCAUUACAACUAUCAUCAUUUUCAUUGUUAUCAUCAUGGUAAUGGUUACUGUGAAUAUCAUUGUUGUUGUUGUUGCUUUUUUUUAAUUGAGUAGGUGAAAAAUGCUACUGGCAGCACGAGCGUCAGAGGACCACCUGGAGUCAACAGUUCUAAUGGAGACGUUGGACCUGCCGGACCCGCCGGACCCGCCGGACCUUCCGGACCUCCCGGACCUCCGGGAUAUAACGGUACUCAGGACCAUGCAGGACCGCCUGGAAUACCUGGUGUUCAGGGUCUUCGUGGACCAUCUGGGUUCAAUGGUACCCAGGGUCCACCUGGACCCGGGGCCAGUUCCUGUGUUUUUAAGACUUUAACCAGCACUGGUACGGCAGCAAGCUCGAUCGCCCAACAAGAAACUACGGCGACGGAACCAAACGUAAGUUUAGUUGAAGAUUGUGAAAGUUGAUUCUGUUUGAUUCUGUUUGAUGCGACGUCGUGUGUAGACCCAUUGAAGAGGAAAGAAAUGUUUUGCUCAUCCACAUUUCGAACUCUUGACGUAAUUUAUCAUCAUUAUCAGUAUCAUAUUUAUUAUGUUCUUUUCCUGCCAGGGUAAAAUCUUUAUUGGCGUAAACUGUGAUACAAACGACGCAAAAAUUGCUAAAUUAUCAAGCGUCAACUCAGGUGGAAAGAUAACCUACAAGUGCUCUUGCGAAGCUACCCUAACAACUGGAGAACCAACGAUGUAUUGCAAUAUACACUACUGGGAGUGUCAGUCAUAAGAGGAAAAGCGGAAAGCCAUUUAAUGAACAGGACUCUUUGUAAAGAAGAUAAUAAAGUGUUGAAUCAGAAACGAGACGAAGAACAAUUUAGUGGUUUAACCUUAAUUCUAUUUUUCAAAUAUGCCCAGUGAACUAGGUUUUCUUUUAGAGGGCAUUUCAGUUGAGUGUUGUAAAACCAAAAUCAGAGGAAAGUCAAAGGAGCAUAAUCAGGAGGAGGAGUAACAACAGGUUGUAUGCCCUAAGUGUGAGAAAACGCAAGAGACCAAGAUCGCGAUUGGAUUUAGUUUUCAAUCUGACUGAUUUAAAGUAUGGUGUGAGUUUCAGUUCUACACCAAUUAUAUUGCGAAGUACUAUAAAACCAAAGCAAAGUAGCAUUACUUUCCACACUCAGUUGGAAUCACCCUAUUUAGCGAUAUUGUGUUUACUUUACCUGAUGUCGAAGUAACAAUUCAAAAAGAUCUAAAAUUUAAUAGGGUGAGACUUUCCUGUCAUUCAUACUCAUUCAAAGGUGUACAUGAUUUAUUUAAUCAGAACCGCGGUUUCUUUUUCACCACUAACUUUCGCGCCCGUUCUUUUGCCCUAGCUUUAUUUACCUUCUUACCACUCGGUCAAUACCGCAAAUAAUUGCUUAGGGUUAGGGUUAGGGUUAGGGUUAGGGUUAAUCUUGAGUCCUUUCCCGUACAAACUUUGUCCAUCUUUAAACAAGGGCGUAGCCAGGUCUUUUAAAAAGGGCUCACAGCGUCAAACAAAGGGUACCUAUUAUAACCUAAAACAAUAACGCAUAUAAAUGGGGGGAGGGGGGGAGGAGGGGGCAACAGACGACGCGCGACGUGGGUACCUAAGAACCCUGGGGAAAUCCCCUAGCUACGCCCUUGUUAUACCAUAUAUCCAUUAUUUAAUUGCGAUCAAUUUCUUGCGUGAAAUCGAUUUAGAGAAGUUGUCCUUAGCUGCAUCAAUUUUUUUGUAUAAGAAAUCCAAAAUAUCACUUAAAAAUGAAAGUAUAUGGAAGUAAAACAAGAGUUUCGUUGAGAUAGUCAGCGUCAGAGAUGGGAGUGGAAGAAAGUUUUGUGAAACUAAGUGGUCAUGUUACCCAGAAAACCUCUCAGUUUUACUACGAACCGUUGCUUUCAUAUACUUAAAUCAGCACUUAUGUUUGUUAUCAAUGCUAAAUAUAGACUUCAGUCCCUUAGAAUAGCUUCCAAAAAUAUUUUGUUUCAUAUUGUAUUUUAUACUAAACGGACGAAAAAGCGGUAUUUGUUAGUAUAUCAAGUUAAAAAGGAGUACUAGCAACCACAAGCGGAUAACACCAAAAAUCACCGAUACUUAAGCGACUGACAUGUUAUAACUGUCGGAAAUAUGGCUCUCAAAGGAAACUUGAUG